AUGGCCUCCGGGAAUUGCUUUCUGUGCCAGUACUACAGCAGCAAGGUGUUGGACCACAGCGUCAUGCGCAUGGUGGGGAACAGCGGCCCGCUGACCUAUUCCAUCCUUGCGUACGAGUCGUGGGUCGUUCGGCAGUCAAGCUGGUUGGAUUGGCGCGACAACGACGUGAGAGGGGGGAAAAUGUUCAACCCCUCGGGUUUCUGUGAGCGUCGACAGCGGCAGCGCAGUGACGCUGACGGGCUGCAAGAUGGGCUCCACGGGGAUGUCGCGGUCCCUGCUGAGGGGCGUCGAAGCCGGCUACAGGUUCGUUGCUGGGUGCCUGACGGUCGCGGGAAAGGUGUUGACGGCGGCUGA